AACACAUUUCUGAGUCCGAUCGAAAUUGGCGGUCUCUCUCUCUGAAACAAAAAAGAGUAAAGGAAAAAGAAAAAAAUAAAAAAUAAAGAAACUUUCGAGGACUACGAAGAUAAAAAGUCACCAAUCAGCGAUCGGCAAAGGAAUCGCCUUUUCUGCGUAAUUUGUUUGCAAUUUUUUAUUUGGAUUUGGAUUUUUCAUCAUCAAAACAAAACAUCAGGAGGAUUGUCCGCCAUGGCAAUGCGUCGGCGAACCUUGCUCAAGGUCAUCGUCCUCGGCGACAGUGGGGUCGGCAAGACGUCGUUGAUGAAUCGAUAUGUGCAUAAGAGGUUUAGUCAGCAGUACAAAGCGACAAUAGGUGCGGAUUUUGUGACCAAAGAACUCCAAAUUGAUGACAGGCUCGUCACUCUUCAAAUAUGGGACACUGCUGGGCAAGAAAGAUUUCAAAGUCUUGGCGUUGCCUUUUACCGAGGGGCGGAUUGUUGUGUCCUGGUUUAUGAUGUUAACGUGAUGAGGUCGUUUGAUACACUCGAUACUUGGCAUGAGGAGUUUCUCAAACAGGCCAACCCUGAAGACCCUGGGAAUUUUCCUUUUAUAUUGCUUGGAAACAAGAUUGAUAUUGAUGGUGGUAAUAGUAGAGUGGUUUCUGAGAAGAAAGCAAUGGACUGGUGUGCUUCAAAGGGGAAUAUAACUUACUUUGAGACUUCAGCUAAGGAGGAUUACAAUGUCGAUGCUGCAUUCUUUUCUAUUGCGAAGACUGCUUUAGCCAAUGAAAAUGAGCAGGAUAUAUAUUUCCAGGGCAUCCCCGAGGCCAUUUCAGAGUCUGAGCAAAGAGGUGGUUGUGCUUGCUGAAUCAUCAUACAGAUUUGUCUCUGAUUGUUUGGUUGCUUUCUCAUUUUUUUUUGUUGUGGUCCUGAUUCAUCUCCAUUUUUGUUCAAUUGUACACUACGUGCUACGUAUUGGUCAUGCUCGACUAUUUUUUGCCACUUUGCUAGCUGUUUUAGUUAAGAUUGAAUUGAACUUUAAGGUAGUUAAAUUAUGGAAACCCAUUGUUAAGUUGCCACGAGGUUUUAACUUUGGCAAAGGAACAAUGUUUUU